AUGUCAAGACUUAUUGGCGAUGCCGGUAAAGCGUCUCGAACUGUACCAAAUCCACGUUCCAAUGCUCGGAAUUAUGAUAAUUACCGGGCAAUGUGUGUCCAACUAGGUCUCCCUGACAGCACGACCAAGUUGCGAAAUCGAAGACCUACUGGUGGCGUUAUUCAUGCUCUGCCUACUUCUGAAAUUAAGUCUCUCCCAGACUCUCCUUCUGUCGGGCAUUUUACCAAUCCUUCUAGUGCUCGCCUAAUUGUCGCUGAUGCGAACGGUAGCUGCUUGGUGAAUGAGUCCAAUGAAGUCUCUGUAUGCAGGAACGACGCCGUUGGCUUGGGUCUCUCAUGCAUCGUAGCUGUCGCGCCGACUCUCGGAGAGGCUAGCACACCAAGCGGACUAUCUGAAGUAGCCGAAUCGUCUUCAACUAUUGCCUCUCCAGCAUCACUGAGUGACCUUCAAACCCCGUUGAGCUUGGCAGCCACUUACUCUGGCCUUUCCUUUGCUCAGGCUUCCUCCGACCCUACGGCUUCUGUUUCCGCUCUGAACACCUCUUUCACAACUCCGGCCUACCAUGGCGCUUACUACAAUCUGGAUCCAACCGCGACAGUGUCUCAUACUCUCUUCUCUUCCACUUUAGGCGAGGAUGGGCUGAACAUAGGCCAAGAACUCGUGGGCAUCACCAAGUCUGACCAGCUAACUAGCCCUCCUGGCAACCUCACAGUUACCAGUAACCACCAGUCUAAUGAAGUCUCAGAGCUUGAUUGCUCUUUAAUGAAUUUAUUGAGCUCAGUAGAUACAGUUGAAGAUUCGGACGAGGUUGUUACAGUUUGCAACGUUCCAACGGGAGUGGAAAAAUUUACUACCGGGAAGGAAGAUUCAUCUCCACCAAUUUCAUCAGUUAAUGAGGUCGUUAAGUCGGAUGUACUUUCAGCUGCUGAUCUACCAAAGACCCCAGUUCAGAAUGAAUCAAGCCCUGAGUAG